CAGCUUCAACCCAUCACUUACAUUUAACCAUCUCAACUUCGCUUUCCUUUUGACAUAAGCCAGGCUUCUCUCCCAGGCGACACUCUCCGCUCCUUUGAUCUCUUCCUGUCGCCAGACGAGCGCUUCCAAAUUCACCGAGACUUUCCACAGCCGCUCGCGACUUGACUCAUUUUCUCCAACAUGUCCGCCCGCUUCGGUCUGCGCUUUGCGCAACAAAGCGCUCGACAAUCGCCAUCCUUCACGACUCGCACUCCCUUCCAGUUCAGAAACUCCAUCUUUCGACGAUGGCAGGGUACCGCGACGAACCCGGCAGUCGAGGGUGCGCCGCCGCAGAGUACAUGGCAAAGAUUAUUGACUAGCGAAGUUGGGAUCAAGACGGUACACUUCUGGGCUCCUAUCAUGAAAUGGGGUGUCGUCCUUGCUGGCGCAACAGACUUCCUUCGACCUGCUGAGAAGUUGUCUUUGACACAGAAUCUCGCUCUUAUGGCUACAGGUUCCAUCUGGACGAGAUGGUGUUUCGUCAUCAAACCAAAGAACAUGCUUCUCGCAGCUGUCAACUUCUGCUUGUUCAUUGUCGGCACUAUCCAGUGUACUCGGAUUUUCCUGUACAAUCAAUCUCAAAAGGGCACAAAGGGAGCCAUUGAGCAAAUGGAGAAGGAUAUCGUUGCUCCAGCCAAGAAACUUGAGAAAAAGGCUGAGCAGAAGCUGUGAUUGGACUUGGACCAACUUGGGGUUUUGGAAAGGCGGGUAGACUGGAUGUGGUGGAUUGUAUCUUCUUUGAGCUCAGAGCUGAUAUGUGCGGUCCCUCCUCAUUCAGGGACCUGUGUACAGAGGACAAAUAAGUGAGGACAGGGAAUUCUCAGGGCUGUUGAGAAGCCUUGUUCGUGAAGUCUUACAUAUGCUUGAAUACACUGGAGAUAAUGCUGAACUGUCGUGCCGGUUAUAUGUUGAUCACGGUUGACCUAAUGUCUCACCGAAGGAAAAGGUACGG